UGGCAGAGCUUUGAUUACCCAUCUGAUACAUUGCUACCAGAUAUGAAGGUAGGAUGGGAUUCAAAGAGCGGUCUGAACCGGCGUCUAACGUCGUGGAAGAGCUCAGACGAUCCAUCUCCAGGACACUUGGUUUGGGGGCUUGCUCUGACUAACUACCCUGAGGGUGUUUUGUGGCGAGGCUCACAGAUAUACUACCGCACCGGCCCAUCAAACGGCGUCGGAGUUAGCGGUUCUCCAGAUUUGAAGACAAAUCCAGUUUUUGAUUUCAAGCUUGUCGACAAUGACAACGAGCAUUACUUCAUAUACACUCUGAAAAAUAACUCUGUUAUCUCCAGAGUAAUUCUGAACCAGAGUCACGAUGUGUUUCAACGUGAGAUAUGGAUAGAAGCAGAGGAGACUUGGAUAAUCUACGCAACAUCGCCUACAGACUACUGCGACGAUUAUGGGCUUUGUGGCGCCUAUGGCAAUUGUAUCAUCAAUGAAUCUCCUGUCUGCCAAUGUUUGAAAGGAUUCAAGCCCAAAUCACAAGAGAAAUGGGAAUUAAUGGAUUGGUCUCAAGGCUGUGUACGCAGCCAACCGUUGAGCUGCCAUGAUAAACAUAAUCAUGGAUUUGUCAGAUUUGUUGGCUUGAAACUCCCAGAUACCACCCAUACAUGGCUCAACGAAAGUAUGAAUCUGAAGGAAUGCAGGGCAAAAUGCUUGGACAACUGCUCCUGUAUGGCUUAUGCAAACUCAGAUAUCAGAGGAGGAGGUAGUGGCUGCGCCAUCUGGUUUGGUGAUCUAAUUGACAUCAGAGAAUUUCCAGAAUCUGGGCAGGAUCUUUACAUUCGAAUGGCUGCUUCAGAUCUGUUAGAGAUGAAAGAUGAUACUGAAAAGAUCAAGAUAGCAGCAUUAUCUGUAGGUUCCGUUAUAAUUGUUUCUGUGAUGAUCUUAGCUAGCAAAUACAUUCGCAGAAGCAGGACAAAGUUAAAAGAGGAAAUGGAGAAAAGUAGAAAAAUUGGUCUGAACGAUCAAGGCCAAGAAGAAGACAUGGAUAUCCAAUUUUUUGACCUUUCCACAAUAACUAAAGCCACUAAUAACUUUUCAAUCGACAACAAGCUUGGAGAAGGUGGUUUUGGAUCCAUUUACAAGGGUUUACUAGUAGAUGGACAAGAAAUUGCUGUAAAGAGGCUUUCAAGGAGUUCUGGACAGGGAGUGAAGGAGUUCAAAAAUGAAGAAUUAUUGAUUGCUAAGCUUCAGCACCGAAAUCUAGUAAAGCUUCUUGGUUGUUGCAUUCAGGUAGAAGAGAAAAUGUUGGUCUAUGAGCACAUGCUGAACAAGAGCUUGGACUUUUUCAUUUUUGAUCAAACAAGAGGUCAACUACUAGAUUGGCCUAAGCGCUUCCAUAUUAUUGGUGGGAUUGCAAGGGGACUUCUCUAUCUUCACGAAGAUUACAGAUUGAGGAUCAUACAUAGAGAUAUCAAACCGAAUAUGAGAAUCCUAAAUUCUAACAGUUAGACCAACCGAUGACAAAUAAGUUUGACUACUUUUAGGCCUGGAAACUGUGGAAAGAAGGGAAACCUUUGGAAUUGAUGGAUGCUUGCUUAGAGGACUCACACUCUCAGCCAUCUGAAGUUCUGCGUUGCAUCCAUGUUAGUCUCUUAUCUGAACACCCAAAAUUAACCUAAAACCUAAAGAACAAUGAACAUUUUUACUAAAACAUUCUUACCUAAACAAAUCUCAAACAUUUUUUACUAGAACCCUAAAAAAAAAAAAUACUCAAAAAAAAAAAAGACAAACGGAACACCCAAAAUUAUCCUAAAACCUAAAGAAUAAUGAACAUUUUUACUAAAACAUUCUUACCUAAACAAAUCUCAAACAUUUUUUACUAAAAGC